GCUGUGGGAGGCUAGGCUCAAGGUGGCUCCCCGCGGCCCGGCGCCCCGCGGCUCCCGGGGACGCACCAGGCAGCCAAUGGAUGCGCAGAGGUGUACAGCAGAUGGCGUCCGACUGCGCCGUUUCUUCCUCCUCCUCCUCGUCCUCCUCUUCCUCCUGCUUCAGUGCUGAGCAGCCAGAGUCGCAGCCGGGUUGCCAGACGCUGGAAUGGGUGGUCUUCCGACACACACCACCAUCUUCACUGGGGAAGCUCGGGGCUCGUCGGCUCCCAGAAGCUGCAGCUGCGGCUCGGGCGAGGCUGGAUUAGGCAAGUGAAGAGCUGAAAAAUCUGAAGAAUGUUUCUGAGGAGUGAUUUGGCUGUCACUCACUGGGUUUCCAGGAGCAUGAGGAAGCUCUUUCUAGUGCUUUCUCUCCUGCUGUCCCAAGCAGCUCAUUUGGAAGGCAGGAAGGACAAUCAGUUCCUCUGGAAAACAGGUCCCUGGGGAAGGUGUGCAGGUGACUGCGGACCAGGCGGAGCCCAAAGUCGUGCUGUAUGGUGCUUUCACAUAGAAGGGUGGACGAGUCCCAUGUCGAACUGUGAUGAGAGCAGCCAACCUCCAAAGGAAAGGAGCUGUUUCCGCGUGUGUGACUGGCACAGUGACCUGUUCCAGUGGGAGGUUUCCGACUGGCAUCGCUGCCUUCUGGUUCCUGGGGCCCAAGGUGAGCCCAGGCCUCGGGCUGUGGAAUGUGUGACUGCACAGCACGGUCUACAGCACAGGACAGUGCGCUGUCUUCAGAAGCUCAAUAGAACCAUGGUGUCCAAUGAGAUCUGUGAACACUUUGCUCCUCAGCCCCCCACAGAGCAAGCCUGCCUCAUUCCUUGCCCCAGGGACUGUGUGGUAUCUGAGUUCUCCCCAUGGUCCACCUGCCCCGAAGGAUGUGGGAAGAAGCUGCAGCAUAGAACUCGUGUGGCCAUCGCGCCCCCUCUGUAUGGAGGUCUGCAGUGUCCGAAUCUCACUGAGUCCAGAGCCUGUGAGGCUCCAGUUUCCUGUCCUCUUGGGAAAGAAGAAUAUUCCUUCAGCCUAAAGGUGGGACCAUGGAGCAAAUGUAGACUCCCUCACCUUAAGGAAGUCGACCUCAGCGGAAGAAAUAUCCAGGAUUUUAGCUCUGAUUCAAACGAGCAAGUCUCCCUAACACAUCAGAGUUACAAAGCACACCACCACUCCCAGCCUGGGGAUGUAGUGAUAGGUUUUCAAACCAGGCAGGUGUGGUGUACCAGAAGUGAUGGAAGAAACGCCCUGUUAAGCCUUUGUGUGCGUGAUUCCUUCCCUCUGACUGUCCAGCCUUGUGUGAUGCCAAAAGACUGUGAGACUUCUGAAUGGUCCCCAUGGAGCCCCUGCUCCAAGACCUGCCGUUCUGGGACUUUAUCACCUGGAGUUAGAAGCAGGAGCCGGAACGUGAAGCAUAUUGCUAUUGGAGGUGGCCAGGAAUGCCCAGAACUUCUUGAGAAAGAGACCUGCAUUGCUGAAGGGGAAUUUCUGCAACCAUGUCCCAGGUAUUCCUGGAGAACCUCUGAAUGGAAGGAAUGCCAAGCCUCUCUUCUUCUGGAGCAACACGAUCCACUUUGGCAUGAGACAGGACCAAUCUGCGGUGGUGGGAUCCAGACCCGGGAGGUGUACUGUGCCCAGAGCCUACCAGCAACCGUUGCAUCAAGGACCAAGGAAGUCUCCAGGCCCGUGGAAAGUACACUAUGCUUGGGACCUGCCCCCUCAGCCUCUCAGCUUUGCAAUGUCCCUUGCUCGAUGGACUGCAUAGUAUCUUCCUGGUCAGCCUGGGGCCCAUGUGUUUAUGAGAACUGCCAUGAUCCUCAGGGGAAGAAAGGCUUUAGAAUGAGGCAGCGCCAUGUACUCAUGGAGUCUACAGGGCCCAUGGGGCGCUGCCCUCAUCUGGCAGAAUCUGUACCUUGUGAGGAUCCAAUGUGUCAUCGAUGGCUUGCCUCGGAAGGGAUCUGUAUUCCUGAUCAUGGGAAAUGUGGCCUGGGACAUCGCAUUCUGAAGGCUGUCUGUCAGAAUGAGCGAGGAGAAGAAGUAUCAGGGGGUCUCUGUCCAGUGCCUCCUCCUCCUGAACGAAUGGCUUGUGAAAUUCCCUGCCGAAUGGACUGUGUAGUGAGUGAGUGGACGGUGUGGUCAUCCUGCUCACAGUCCUGUUCAAAUAAAAACUCAGAUGGGAAACAAACCAGGACACGUUCUAUCCUGGCUUUGGCUGGAGAAGGUGGAAAGACCUGCCCUAGUAGUCAGGAACUCCAAGAGUACCGCCUAUGCAAUGAUCAUUCCUGUACACAGCUCUACUGGGAGACAUCUGCUUGGGGUUCCUGCUCUGAAAAUACUCUUGUCACUGCCCUCAAUGUGACCAUUGGCUGGAAUGGAGAAGCAACAUGUGGGGUGGGCAUUCAGACACGAAAGGUCUUCUGUAUCAAGAGUCAUGUGGGACAAGUAAUGACCAAAAGAUGUCCAGAGUCUACACGGCCAGAAACUGUAAGACCUUGUUUCCUCCCAUGCAAGAAAGACUGCCUUGUGACUGCUUUCAGUGAGUGGACACCAUGCCCACGGUCCUGCCAGCCAGGAAAUACUACAAUAAAACAAUCUCGAUACAGGAUUAUCAUCCAGGAAGCAGCCAAUGGGGGUCAAGAGUGCCCAGACACCUUGUUUGAAGAAAGAGAGUGUGAAGAUAUCUCAUUGUGCCCUUCAUACCGGUGGAAGCCGCAGAAAUGGAGCUCCUGUAUCCUGGUUCCAGAGUCUAUCAGGCAGGGGAGAACAGGCACCAGUGAGGCAUGUGGGAAGGGGCUGCAGACAAGAGCUGUCUCAUGCAUCUCUGAUGAUAACCAGUCUGCAGAAAUGACAGAAUGCCUCAAGCAGAUGAAUGGCAUGCCUCCCCUUGUGCAGGAAUGCACCAUUCCCUGUCGGGAAGACUGCACCUUCACCCCUUGGUCUAAGUUCACUCCCUGCUCCAAGAACUGUGAAGCAACUCAGAUCAGGAGGCGGCAGCUCACAGGGAAAAGCAGGAAGAAAGAGAAGUGCCAGGAUGCAUCCCUGUACCCUCUGGUGGAAAUGGAACCAUGUCCCUGUGAUACAUUUAUGUCUCAUCCUUAUGGAAACUGGUCAGCUUGCAUUCUACCAGAAGGCAAAAGGGAUCCUCAGCAAGGAGGAUUGUGGGUGCAAGGAGAUGACAAAGAAUGUGGAGAAGGCGUGCGCUUUCGAGCAAUAGCAUGCUCCAAUAUAAAUGGAAGACCCGUUGAUCCCUCAUUCUGCAACAGCUCUGGUUACAUUCGGGAAGCAUGUGUCAUCCCCUGUCCAUUUGAUUGCAAGCUAAGUGACUGGUCCAGCUGGGGUUCUUGUAGCUCAUCUUGUGGGAUUGGAGUGAGAAUUCGAUCGAAAUGGCUAAAAGAAAAGCCUUACAGUGGAGGUCGGCCAUGUCCAAAACUGGAUCUCAAGAAUCAGGUUCAUGAGGCAGUCCCAUGUUACAGUGAGUGUGAUCAAUAUUCCUGGGUCGUAGAACACUGGUCUCCAUGCAAGAUCAACAAUGAGCUGAGAUCCCCACGCUGUGGAAGAGGAACACAGUCUAGAAGAAUCAGGUGUGUGAGUACUGCUGACAGAGAAGGAGGGGCAGUGAACAGGAGCCUGUGCAACCAGGAUGAUGCUCCCCCAGAAACCCAGGCCUGUUCUCUUCUGUGUCCCAGUGAGUGUGUCAUGUCCGAGUGGGGAACAUGGAGCAGAUGCCCCCAGUCAUGUGACCCCUAUGCAAUGCAGAGAAGAACUCGGCAUCUGCUGAGGCCCUCGCUGAACUCAAGAACUUGUGGGGAAGACUCACAGGUGCGGCCCUGCCUCCUCAAUGAAAACUGUUUCCAGUUCCAGUACAACCUGACAGAGUGGAGCACAUGCCAGCUGAGUGAAAAUGUUUCCUGUGGCCAGGGUGUGAGGACCCGCCUGCUGAGCUGUGUGCGCAGUGAUGGCAAGUCUGUCAGCAUGGACCACUGUGAGCAGCGUAAUCUGGAAAAACCCCAGAGGAUGAGUAUUCCCUGUCUGGUGGAAUGUGUGGUCAACUGCCAGCUCUCAGGAUGGACGACAUGGACAGAGUGUUCACAAACCUGUGGCCAAGGAGGUCGCAUGAGCCGGACUCGAUUUAUCAUUAUGCCAACCCAAGGAGAAGGUCGACAAUGCCCCACAGAACUCACCCAGCAGAAACCCUGCCCAGUGACACCCUGCUAUAGUUGGGUCCUUGGCAACUGGUCUGCAUGUAAAUUGGAGGGCGGAGAUUGUGGAGAAGGAGUCCAGGUGCGCAGCUUCUCCUGCGUGGUCCACAAUGGCUCAAUAUCCCACACAGCUGUCCCUGUGGAGGAGGCCCUGUGUGGAGAAGUACCCUUCCAAGAAGGAAUCCUGAAGCAGCUGUGCUCUGUGCCCUGCCCAGGAGACUGCCACAUUACCCCAUGGUCUGAGUGGAGCAAGUGUGAGCUAUCCUGCAUUGAUGGAAGAAGCUUCGAGACCACAGGCCGCCAAUCUAGGUCAAGGACAUUCAUAAUCCAGUCUUUCGAGAAUCAAGAUAGCUGCCCCCAACAGGUUCUAGAAACACGACCAUGCACAGGUGGCAAAUGUUAUCACUACAUAUGGAAAGCAAGUCUUUGGAACAAUAAUGAGCGGACUGUGUGGUGCCAGCGCUCAGAUGGCCUUAAUGUCACAGGUGGCUGCUCCCCUCAGGCACGCCCUGCUGCUAUUCGGCAAUGCAUUCCAGCGUGCAAAAAACCUUUCUCCUACUGCACGCAGGGAGGAGUCUGUGGCUGUGAGAAGGGAUACACAGAGAUAAUGAGAUCAAGUGGCUUCCUGGAUUACUGCAUGAAGGUACCUGGCUUGGAGGAUAAAAAAGCUGAUGUGAAAAACCUCUCUGGGAAAAAUAGACCUGUGAAUUCCAAAAUACAUGAUAUUUUUAAAGGAUGGUCUCUCCAACCUCUGGACCCAGCCUUGUUGGAGAGAUUAAGAAACUCAAACCUGAGGGUCGCCAUGGCGGAGGUGCAGCAACUCCGAGUGCAGGAGGCUGUGGACGCCAUGGUGAAAAGUGUGGAGAUAGAGAACAUCCGGAAGAUGCAGGGCCUUGUGUUCUGGUGCAGCGCCAACUGCUGUGAAGACACCCAAGCAUCUAUGCAGCAGGUGCACCAAUGCAUCAAGUGCUACCAUGCGCCUCUGGCUCAAGCCCAGGCUCUGGUCACAAGAGAGCUGGAAAGGUUCAAGGACCGCUUGGCCCGCUGCACCAUGCAUUGCAAUGACAAAGCCAAAGACUCAAUGGAAGCAGGAACUAAGGAGCUUCAGGUGAAGCGACAGCUAGACAGCUGUGUGGCCAACAAGAAGCCAAAACCACAUCAAAGCACACCUCGCCAUCAGAAGCCACUGACCUUGGCCUACGAUGGAGACUUGGACAUGUAACUUGAAAAAGGAAUCCAAAUGUAGACAUCAACUGCUGCCUUAAAUGCUUUCUCUUUUGUAGCUCUCAGACUUCUCAGUUCUUUGAGGAAUCUCAUGAUGUGAUACCUUGGGCAGAAUACGAAUAUGACAAAAGUAAUAGUGCCCCAACUUCAUUUGGACAUGGAGUCAAGGACUACUGGGUCUGCCAUUUUUUUUUCAAGUUGUUUGUGGGUGUGUUUUGCUUUUUCGGUUUUCCCAAGAGGCCUGGAAACCCUUCUCUUCCUGUUUGGAAAUGAGAGGAAGAGAACCUGAAGGAUUUCACACAGACUUGAGUAAACUUGAUCCUCAGCCGCAUAUUGACAAUCCACAGGAAAGUCCAAUCAAGGCAUUUACUGUAAAUGGCGAGUCUGACACUGUAUUGUUACGCACUAUAUUAGUGCAGAGUCCUUAUUCCCAUACUUCAACAUGAGUUUUCUAGAGUUUACAUUGGUUCGAAAACUUGCAAAUUGGAUUGC